GCAGGGAUAAGGCAUUCCCAUCAGCAACAACUUUGAAGAACUAGCUCGCUCUCAGCAAACCUUAAAACCCAAAUUCUCAGAAUAAUGUCGACUGAAAAGAAGAUGAUAGUCCUACAGAGCUCGGACAAUGAGACUUUUCAUAUUGAAGAGGCGGUGGCCCUCCAAUCCCAGAUGAUCAAGCACAUGGUGGAGGACGACUGUGCCAACAACACCAUUCCUUUACCUAAUGUCACCGGAGUUAUCCUCGCGAAGGUGCUCGAGUAUUGCCAGAAGCACGUGGAGGAGGGCGGCGAGGAGGCUCUCAGGGCAUGGGACGCAGAUUUUGUCGACUUCGACACGAACACCCUCUUUGACGUCAUCAUGGCAGCCAACUAUUUGAACAUCAAGGGCUUGCUGGAGCUGACCGCCCAGAAAACCGCGGACUUGAUCAAGGGAAAGACUCCUGAAGAGAUUCGCAAGACUUUCAACAUCAAGAACGACUUCCCUCCUUGGGAAGAAGAAGAGAUUCGGAGUAAGAACUCAUGGGCUUUUGAGUGA